ACGCCGGUGACAACUCGGACCCCUGCAAAACCUUCCGUCCUGGAGGAAUUCAUUCUGCCUUGAUUUUUCGAAUUUCACCAAACUUAAUCCUGCUGGAGAGGGCAAAAUGACGGACAAGCUCCCUCCUCCGCUGCUUGCGCUCUUCCAGCCGCGCCCGCCCCUUCGCUAUAUCCCUCCCUCAGACCGCGCACCAGAGGAUAUCCAAAAGAGCACCAUCUCCGGUAUUGCGCAGUAUCUCGAAGAUUUCAAAAAGUAUCCGGAAGAAUUACCGUACAAUGCCACCGAGAGCUGGUUCCAGCGCAAACUGCGUCAGAAGGAGGAGAAAAAGGAGAGCCUGAAUCAGCAAUUGACAGACGAUCUGCAGACUUAUGACCCCAGCAACGACUCCCAAGCUCGAGGUGAUCCGUUCAAGACACUUUUCGUUGCGCGACUCAGCUACGACAUCAAAGAAUCUGAUCUGGAACGUGAAUUUGGAAGGUUUGGGCCUAUUGAGAGGAUUCGCAUUGUCAAAGACAGCACAAACAGCAAAAAGCCACAUAAAGGAUAUGCAUUUAUUGUGUAUGAACGUGAAAAAGAUAUGAAAGCGGCCUACAAAGAGACAGAUGGUAUUCGGAUCAAAGAUAGACGGGUUUUGGUGGACGUUGAGCGCGGUCGGACCGUCAAGGGCUGGAAACCACGUCGCUUCGGCGGUGGGCUUGGCGGUCGCGGAUAUACGAAGGCGCUUCCAUCGCGUCCCGUCGGCCCCGGCUCGUUCAAUGCUCCGUCAGGCCCUGGCGGAUUUGGGGGUGGCUUCCGUGGUGGCUUCGGAGGCCGUGGUUUCCGUGGAGGCUACCGUGGAGACCGAUUCGGCCCUCGCGGAGGUGUUGGGUAUCAAGGCAAUCGCAACGGGUUUGGUGGAGGUGGAGGAGGUGGACAAGCACCGCCAAACGCCCCCUCUGGACCUGGAGGUGGCCGGAACGCAGGGUUUGGCGCCUCCUAUGGCGGUGCCGGGCGCUAUGAGCGCGAACCACGAGGCGCUACAGGAAGCAACCUCGAACCCGUUCGCCCUAGAGAAGGAUAUUCGGAGCGUGACCGAAGAGACCAUGAUCGUGAUCGCGAGCGUGACAGGCACAGGGACCGCGAUCGCAUGACAGACAGGGAAGGUGACCGAUACAGGGACCGCGAUCGUGACCGCGAUCGUGACCGUGACCGCGACAGGCAUGGCGGUGGUCGGGAUGACUACGGCCGGAAGAGACACCACGAAGAUGAUGGUUACGAAGACCCUCGUGCAAAACGCAGGUAUUAGGAGGGAUCACUGCGCGGUGGCCACAGGAAAAAGCGUUCUACUUGACCAACCGAGUUGACUUCUGAGGAAGGGUGGGUGGGUAUCCAGGUAGUCUUAUCUGACAUUGAGCAUUAUACCCCCCUGUUUUGCCAAGGGUAAGGUGGGAAAAGAAAGCCAGCGAAAGAUCAGAAUAUACCACGGAAUGCCGACUACGGAUAAAUAAUAGCACAUCUUCUACUUACAACAGUCCUACCGCGGCUCGGGCUGACCUGCUAACAUGGCUCCCCGACACCGACCUCGACCACUUCCAAACAUGACAACUACGCCUACUGUUCAUGCGGAUGGUACUCCAUACCUUCUAGCCAAAGGAGGUCUUUUUUCUUUUCUUUUCCUUCUUCUCCCUUUCUGCUCAUGUCUCGUGUCGGAUUAUACCGUUUUCAUUAUGUCUCUUGUUUUCCUAUCGAUUUC